CUUCUUUCCACAGUUUGGCGAUCUCACCGAUCCAAACUUCCCGGCCUUACCCUAUCCGCUCCUUAUUCCCCCUUCAUUGCAUCAGGCCACGCUGACCAUGAGUGAACCACCAUCAGACUCAGGUGAUCAACAGCGCCCGCCUCGACAGCCUGAACAGCAGCCGCAACGGCCGCCACCGCCGUCCUUUCCCGUCUCGCUAACCGAAGGAACAUCCUCGUCUAACUCACCCCAAAGCGCAUCCGGCCACCUCCCCCUUCCAUCACGCGGUUCACGACCGCCAGCAUUCACCUUACCACCCCUGCCACCUUCCCUCAUUCCCACAGGCGAAGAUCAACCACCGUAUCCCCCUCUCCCUCCAUCCGCAUAUGGUCCGCUUCCCCCAUCUCGAAAGCGUACCCGUUCUCCCCCGGACGCGUCGACAUCGGAUCAACCGACGUUCGUCCCCCUGCCGUUUCCAGACGCAUCUCCCUCUCAAGUCAUAGGGGAAAGCAGUACUCGGCCGCGGCGGGCCUCGCUGCCCAUACGGAGUGGUGUUCGGGUCAUGUUGGCGUGUGUAGCGUGCCGUAGCAGGAAAAUCAAGUGCAACGGAGAGAAGCCCAUAUGUGAAAACUGUAUACGCCGCGGCACCAUUUGCGAAUAUGACGCUCAGCCUCGAAGAAGGGGGCCGGACAAGAACCCCGGCGGCAGAGUAAGGAAGAAGGAGCUGGCAGUAGCUCAAUCCCUCGCUAUUGCAGAGGGUCGUCCGCCGCCGGUAGCGUCGCCGGAGGAUGAGCCUGAGAGCCCGAAGAGACGUCGGAGGGCCGACACCGGCCCGAGGGAGGGAAUGAUUCCGGGCUUGCAGAUGCCCCCUUACCCGUACGCCCCUCCGCACCCUGCAUUUGCCGACCCCCGUUUCGCUGCCAGCAUGUACGGAGGACCGCCACCGCCACCUCAUAUGGAAUACGGGUAUGGGCCACCUCCCGGAUACAUGUACUCGCCUAGAGACGCGAUGAGCUGGCUGCCACCGCCGUUUGAGGAGAUGCACCGACCAGACCCGAGGAGAAAGGGAGGAGAGGAGUCGGAUCCUGCGGAAGAUCCUCCUGAAAUUGCGGAUGACCCCCCGCCUGCAACGAAUGAAGAAACCAGUCUGGUACGAGAAGAUGAGGAAGCACAGGCACGGGACGAGACGAGCCAUUCGGAGCCACUGCAGCUGAAAGAAGGUGAACACGGGCAGGGUGCGGACCCUGCUCCAUCUACGACUUCCGCCUCGGCCGCCGAAACAGAUACACCGGCAGAGGAGGACAAAGGCAAAGGAAGAGAGGUUUCCUUUGAUCUGGAUGAGGAUCCCACUAUCGAUCCGGAGAGUGACACCCAAUAACUUUACGACCGGGAAAGCGAGUGCCCACCUACGGCGCAGAAACACUCGGGCUUCUACCACCUUGCCAGCUUUCUCGCCCUUGUUCUGGACUAUACACAAAACCUAAAGUGCAAGCAUCGGACUGCUGUACCAUGUAGCAUCACAUAACAUGUAACUGG